ACAUGAUGUCCCCUCCAGACCGCAAUCAUUCAUUCCCUCCAAAUGUAAUCAGAGAGCGUGGCUGCGUGUCCAGCAUGUGUGAGUCUAUGUCCUGAGGGAGCGCCAGAGAGCCUGGGAGUUGUCCUCACCAUGAGCAGAAUCUACUCCUAAACCUGAAGAAGAGGGAAAAGAAAGUUCACUGGCUAAUUAUCCGUGCGGCUGGCCAUUGUGUCUUGAUCCACUGUGAAUAACCGGGCACACAAAUAAUGGCUGGUCUAGGAUGUGUGGUGUCGGUGGGUGACCCGGCUGGUCUAGGAUGUGUGGAGUCGGUGAGUGACCCGGCUGGUCUAGGAUGUGUGGAGUCGGUGAGUGACCCGGCUGGUCUAGGAUGUGUGGAGUCGGUGAGUGACCCGGCUGGUCUAGGAUGUGUGGAGUCGGUGAGUGACCCGGCUGGUCUAGGAUGUGUGGAGUCGGUGAGUGACCCGGCUGGUCUAGGAUGUGUGGAGUCGGUGAGUGACCCGGCUGGUCUAGGAUGUGUGGAGUCGGUGAGUGACCCGGCUGGUCUAGGAUGUGUGGAGUCGGUGAGUGACCCGGCUGGUCUAGGAUGUGUGGAGUCGGUGAGUGACCCGGCUGGUCUAGGAUGUGUGGAGUCGGUGAGUGACCCGGCUGGUCUAGGAUGUGUGGAGUCGGUGAGUGACCCGGCUGGUCUAGGAUGUGUGGAGUCGGUGAGUGACCCGGCUGGUCUAGGAUGUGUGGAGUCGGUGAGUGACCCGGCUGGUCUAGGAUGUGUGGAGUCGGUGAGUGACCCGGCUGGUCUAGGAUGUGUGGAGUCGGUGAGUGACCCGGCUGGUCUAGGAUGUGUGGAGUCGGUGAGUGACCCGGCUGGUCUAGGAUGUGUGGAGUCGGUGAGUGACCCGGCUGGUCUAGGAUGUGUGGAGUCGGUGAGUGACCCGGCUGGUCUAGGAUGUGUGGAGUCGGUGAGUGACCCGGCUGGUCUAGGAUGUGUGGAGUCGGUGAGUGACCCGGCUGGUCUAGGAUGUGUGGAGUCGGUGAGUGACCCGGCUGGUCUAGGAUGUGUGGAGUCGGUGAGUGACCCGGCUGGUCUAGGAUGUGUGGAGUCGGUGAGUGACCCGGCUGGUCUAGGAUGUGUGGAGUCGGUGAGUGACCCGGCUGGUCUAGGAUGUGUGGAGUCGGUGAGUGACCCGGCUGGUCUAGGAUGUGUGGUGUCGGUGAGUGAUCCGGCUGGUCUAGGAUGUGUGGAGUCGGUGAGUGACCCGGCUGGUCUAGGAUGUGUGGUGUCGGUGAGUGAUGUGGCAAGUUUAGGAUGUGUUGGUUGGAGGUCGUGUGUUCUCGUUCCCUCAGUUUGUCGUACAUUAGUAAACGCUUUUUCAUGAUGGUAGGGAUGCCACUCCCCACACCCGCUGACGUCAUCCAUCUCCUCCAGGAUCCCCAUCAUCUCCAGAGCUCCAGCCACUACCCAGCUCCCGG